AUGGAAAACUUCAGGAAGGUGAAGACAUCCGAGGAGGAGAGCCCCUUGCCCUUCUCCGACUUGCCCUCCGAUGUGGUGGAGAUGAAGGUGAAGGAAGGGAGCAAGAUCCGGAACCUCAUGGGCUUUGCCAUGUCCAAGAUGGGACUGGAGGCCACCAGGCAGAUUGUCUUCAGCGGCUGCGGAAGGGCGGUCACCAAAACGGUGACCUGCGUGGAGAUCAUGAAGAGGAAACUGGGUGGGCUUCACCAAGUCACCAAGGUGCAGUACAAGACUUUGCUGGAGGUCUGGGAGAACAAGGACCUCCAGCCCGAUGGCCACAGGGAACACCUCACCGUCCACAAGAACGUGCCCUCCAUCUGCAUCCUGCUGUCCAAGGAUCCGCUGGAUCCAAACCAGAUGGGUUACCAGCCCCCUGAUCAUCCAGAGGACCUGUGGGUGGAUGAAACAGACACGCUGGAGGAGAGGUCUGGCUCUUUCCCAAAGGGGGUCAAGAGAAGGUUGGCAUCGCCACCACAUGAAGAAGAAGAGGAGCAGCAUGCCAAGAAGCCACCAUUGCAGGUACAAGACCAUCAGGAGGACUUGGGGACCAUGGCGGGUUGUUGA